AUGAGUAAAGCUAUAUGUGCCUUUGGAAACUGUGGAUGUUCCAUUAUCAACCUAAAUGAUGACAAGAUAAUUCAGUUACCUGGCACGAUAUUCGAAACGUUACAUCUAAUGCAACGCAAGCAAUCGGCAGACAUUAAAGAGGGAAGCACCACCUCUUUCCUAAUAACUGAGGAUGUAUGGGAUUUUGAUAACAUUGGUGUCUCGAAAGAUUUAAUGCCAGGUAUUUCUGAGGAACUCAAUAGUCGAGCAAACACUAAUACUGAAGUUUCUUUCCAACAUGAUGGAAACUUGUGGUAUAUAAAGAAAUGUGAGAAAUAUCUAAUAUGUGGUGACUGUGAUAGAGGCCCAAUUGGAAUGGUUUGCAUGAUCAGUCAACAAGAUGACCAAGAACGUCGGGCAUAUUUGUUAAGUUUGGGCAGUUUAUUAUGCAAGGACAAAUAA